ACUGCGGAAGUUGGUGGCAGUGGAGUGUAUAAACGGACCAGGUUAGGUUAUGUUUUGCUACAUGAUUGUUUUGGUUUUGCUCUAGCAUCCGAAAUUCCAACAUCAAAUUUAAACCAUUUAAACGGCACCCUGACAACUUGCGUAGGAAUCAGAAAACAUUUCGAACCUCAAUUAUCUGUUGAGAGAAACUAAAAAUGAGCUACGGAAUGGAGGAAAACGAUGCUGAACAGCGAAAGUUAUACUGCGGAAAUUUAGAUGAGAAAGUCGACGAAGAAAUACUCUUUGAGUUAUUUUUACAGGCGGGCCCACUUGAAAGGAUUCACAUACCUCGGAGCAGGGAUGGAGCCCCAAAUCCUGGAUAUGCGUUUAUCUAUUUUAAGCAUGAAAGUUCUGUUCCGUAUGCCAUUGAUUUGUUUGAAGACACCGCUCUCUUUGGAAAAAUACCCAAGCUACGAUCAAGAAUGGUUUCCAAUCAUCACAGGAGUCAAUCAGCCCCCGUGAACUAUGGCCAAAAUAAUAUGAGCCAUGAUAUGGGACACAUGGACUUUGAUCAUCUCCUGCAGAUGAGUAGAAACAUGCUCAAUCCUGGACCCAUGGGUCCUCCAAUGGGUCAUCCAAUGGGAAUGCCCCCCAUGGGGCCAGGUGCCAUGGCAGGGGCGUACGCAGGAUCGCCCAUUUUGAUGGGUGCUCCGUACAUGCCUCCACCUCCUCGGAUGUCCUUUGAACCUCCACCACCUGGAGAAGAGAUGCCUGGGAGCAGUUCUGAGAUGUCCAAUGUGGACAGGAAUGCAUUAUCCCAAAGUAGUUUGCAAGGAAACUGGUCUGCAAGGAAUUCCUCCAACAUGGUACCUACUGAAGAUAACGGAAGGGGGAGAAGGAAUAGAAAUAGUGAUCAUGACCACUUCAGAAGAGACUCCCAUGGUGGUGAAAGAGGUCAUAGAGGAAACUACUAUGAUCAAGGGGGUGGUAGAUAUGAUAAUUAUGCUUAUCAAGGUGGUAAUAGCUACAAUCAAGAUCACUAUUCCAGAAAUAGAAACUACGAUGAUUACAGGGGCGGUAGGAAUGAAAGAUACGAUAAUAGAAGUAGAUCUCAUGAUCGUCGGGACAGAAGGGGAAGAUAUUAAUAGGACAGCUCACUUUUAUCAUUUUUCUAAUUUUGUGUUUCAUAUUGCAUAGCUGUCUGGUAUUCUUUAUUUUUGAUCUCCAUGUGAAUCACAAAGCCUAUCCCUGUGAGUCAAUUCGUAGUUGCAUGUAAUUUUUUAUUUUGCAUGUUUUAAAUUAUCCUUGAUUCAUCUCAUUUACAGUAAAACAUUCCUCUUUAAGUAAAAUAGGACUCAUCUCUAAUUUGUUUCUCAGACUUAAACCUCAUUGUGACAUUAAAAAUUAAAUUUAUUUGACUUA